AGAGGGGGAGAGAGAGUGUGUGUAUGUGUGCGAGAGAGCGAGCGAGGGGGAGAAACAUCGUGCCACAGAAAGAAACGGCGACAGGAUCCUCUAUGUAUAUAAAGAUGGCCACGUUAGCUAACGGACAGCCAGACAAUACCAGCCUCAAUAGCAAUCACGGCAACCCCAGCACCAACGGGCACAUGAACGGAUUAAAUCACAGUCCCGGGAGCAGCUCCACCAUCCCCAUGAAGGAUCACGAUGCCAUUAAGCUCUUCAUUGGGCAGAUCCCGCGCAAUCUGGACGAGAAGGACCUGAAGCCUCUGUUCGAGGAGUUCGGCAAGAUCUACGAGCUGACAGUUCUGAAGGACAGGUUCACCGGCAUGCACAAAGGUUGUGCCUUCCUUACGUACUGUGAAAGGGAAUCAGCGCUGAAAGCCCAGAGUGCUUUGCAUGAACAGAAGACGCUGCCAGGGAUGAACCGACCAAUCCAGGUGAAGCCGGCGGACAGCGAGAGCCGGGGAGAAGACAGAAAACUAUUCGUGGGAAUGCUGAACAAACAGCAGUCAGAAGAUGACGUCCGCCGGCUAUUCGAAGCUUUCGGGAACAUUGAGGAAUGUACGAUUCUUCGAGGACCAGACGGCAACAGUAAAGGGUGCGCGUUUGUGAAAUAUUCAUCGCAUGCAGAAGCACAAGCGGCCAUCAACGCCUUGCACGGAAGUCAAACCAUGCCGGGAGCCUCUUCAAGUCUGGUGGUGAAGUUUGCGGACACAGAUAAGGAACGGACAAUGAGGCGCAUGCAACAAAUGGCCGGCCAGAUGGGAAUGUUUAACCCCAUGGCCAUCCAGUUCGGAGCGUACGGUGCCUAUGCCCAAGCACUGAUGCAGCAGCAGGCCGCCAUCAUGGCUUCCGUCGCGCAAGGCGGAUACCUGAAUCCCAUGGCCGCGUUCGCAGCCGCCCAGAUGCAACAGAUGGCAGCGCUCAACAUGAACGGCCUGGCAGCUGCACCAAUGACUCCAACAUCAGGCGGAAGCACACCCCCGGGUAUCACCGCACCAGCUGUGCCUAGCAUUCCAUCUCCAAUUGGGGUGAAUGGUUUUACUGGGCUACCCCCGCAGGCUAACGGGCAGCCUUCCGCAGAAGCUGUGUUCGCGAAUGGAAUUCACCCUUACCCAGCACAGAGCCCCACCGCCGCAGACCCUUUGCAGCAAGCCUACGCCGGAGUGCAGCAGUAUGCAGGUACUGCUUAUCCUGCCGCUUACGGCCAGAUCAGUCAAGCGUUUCCCCAACCACCUCCCAUGAUUCCACAGCAACAGAGAGAAGGACCCGAAGGCUGCAACCUGUUUAUCUACCAUCUGCCCCAGGAAUUUGGGGACGCCGAGCUGAUGCAGAUGUUCCUGCCUUUCGGUAAUGUCAUCUCCUCGAAAGUGUUUGUGGAUCGGGCGACAAACCAAAGUAAAUGCUUUGGUUUUGUGAGUUUUGACAAUCCUGCCAGUGCCCAGGCGGCCAUCCAGGCCAUGAAUGGCUUUCAGAUUGGCAUGAAGAGGCUGAAGGUGCAGCUGAAAAGGCCGAAGGAUGCCAACCGCCCUUAUUGAGACAUUGCAGAUGCCUCUGGAAACAAGGACUAGCACAGGGCAGGAACGGAAUGGGCAGUAUUAUAACAAUACAACAUACAUAUAUAAAUAUAUAUGAUCAAGACGCGCUGGAUCACAACUUUGACAUAUCAGCAAAGUACCAACUGAUCUGAAGACUUCAGAAUUUUCUCGCUUUGAUUGUUAAGAUUGUAACAUUUCUUUAAUGAAAAGUAUCACGUCUGCUUACGUGGAACGGAACUCUAGUUGACAACAUCAGACGGAAUGAAGAUCGAUCGGAAUUUUCCGAACAGACAAUGAUAAUGCCACACAAAAAGGAUUUUUUUUUUUCUUCAAACAGGAAACCUGAAAUCUGACAAGGAGUGCCUGGUAGUCACCAUGAAUUAUGUUGCCAUGGUAACGCCACAGCAACAAUUACUAGAAGCAUUGUAUUUGUCAUUCCUUAGCUAUAUAGGGACCAAAGGACCAAACUUUUUACCGCAGACUUGUAGCUGUAUGUAAAAUAUGGAAUUAACUUCCUAUACCUCGGCUGUUCUUAAAACAGUUUGAGGGUAAGUAUAUGAAAUAUGUAAAAAAAAUAAUAAUUACAAAAUGCUUAAAAUGCUUUUAAAAUGGCAAGAUGAUAGUUAUUUGAUACUAUUGAAGGUUCUUUGGUUACAUUACUUCAAUUAUGAAAAUUUCCUAUGGUUUUCUGUAUAUUAUGAAAGGAGUAAGUAUUUAGGGAUUAAAGUAAGAAUAUAUAUAUAUUAAAAAAAAAAAGAAAAAAGGAAAAGAGAGAAAAAAAGGAAAAAAAAUAUAUAAAACAAAAAAAGGUACAAAAAUCAUUAGAAGAAUGGCUGUAGUGGAAAAAAAAGGGUUUGUAAAUGCUUUUCCCAUUUAAAAUCUUAAUAGUUGUACAGAAUUUAACAGAAAAGUCUAACAUACCUAUAUAAUAGAAAAAAAAAUUAGAGAGCAAAAAACGUAAAAAAAAAAUGCAAAAAAAAAAUAAAUAGACGUUAGCGUUAUUGCUAAGAGAAAGAUGUUGUAGAACUGUAAUUUUUUGUAGAGUUUAGAAUAAGAAACUCCUAUUCUUUGCCAAUUGCAUAAUGUAUCGAGGAGGAUGUGAGAGGCCGUGACGGCAGCUUUUAAACUGCAAGCAUUCCACCUAUUUAAAAUAAAAAAAAUAAAUAAAAAAAAAAUAAAUAAAAAAAAUAUUGACUCUUGUAAACAAUGCAAUGAAAAUAUUAAAGUUACAACAGCUAAUGUCUUUUUAUCUAGUUAGUUCUAACUUGAAGAAUGACACGGCUAUUGCUUCAUAUCUCCAUAACUUGCUAUUUGCUAACACUCCCAUCAUCCUCUGCUUUAGUAGUUUCCAUAUCUGUUCUAGACCUUCAGGGCAAAAGUUAGCCUAGAACCUUAAUACUGAAAAAAAAAUAUUUAAAAAAAAAAAUAAAAUAAAUAUACAAUCUUUGAAGAAUUUCUGAAACUGUUUACAAGGAAUUUUGAAAAACAGGGGAUGUUUAAAUGAUGCUGGCUCUGUUUUUCUGUAAAUAAAUUUGCAUAUUUUGUAGGACUUUUAAUUGUAAUGAUAGAGAAAAAAAAAAAAAACAAGGAAAACUAUUUAAAUGAAAGCACGAUAUUUAUCUUUGGUAAUUGACUUUAGAGCAGUUUAAAAAAAUAAAAACAAAAAAAAAAAAAACAAGAUGUUGCUUUAGAACUCAAGAAUUCAGAAAAUAAAAUCAAUGAGCUAUUUAAGAACACAUAUAUUUUAAAAAAUAUCAUAUUUAUUCUAAUUUAUUUCCACUGUAUGAAUUAUUGCAUUUAUCUUAUUACGUUGUUCUCGCUCCUUUUAGUUGAACUAAAAGAGCGGGAUGAUCAUUUUUUUGACUUUUUUUAUUUAACAAAUAUAUAUAGAUAUAUAUUGAAAGAUUCUUAAAGUAUUAACUCUCGCAACACGUCAUGCUUCUUUUCCUGUUACGUUUGUCUCAAAUGCUUUUUUUCUUUUUUUCCUUUGAUUCUUUUGACCGCGAGAAAGGCUGGUAACCCCUUCGUUCCAUUCAUCUCCCUGAUGUCACGACUCCCUUGAACCUCAUUCAUUCACCCCCCCCCACUUUUAACUGAUCAACUUUGUAACCAGCUUACAGGCCGCUCUCGUAUUGGAAAGAAACGGUUACUUUGAACAGUUCUUGCAUUUACUCCCGGCACUUUGCUCCAACACCCUUUCUCUGUUUUCUUCACGCUCUUCCGAUUUUCCUUUGUCGCCCACGCGUAGGAAUUAUCGCCUCUUUUCUCUCUCUGUUUCAUUCCUUCUGUUUCUGCUCUUAGUAAAUACAGGUGUGUACAGCAGCUGCAUUUCCGUCCAACUGCUCUUUUCACUCCCAAUUACCUUAAAAAAAUAAAGAUCUCCUUGUAAUCUUCUGUAAUUAUUGAAUGACGCUUUUCAGCUUAGCCCUAAAUAAAGCACAGUUUAAAAAAAAAAAA